AAUGAAAAACCCGGAUAUAUAAUCUCUCCCUAUAUAUUCUGCAUGCAUUGAGGUAGCCUCAACCCCCCCAGGGACCCGAUCCAGUGGAGCUUCUUUCAUACAACUGCUACUCGAAGGGGCAGUUUGGCGUAAUAGCAGUCAAGAUCGGGAGAACAUAAGAUGGUGGAGAAAACAAGAGCAGAGGACACCAAGGUUAUUCUAAUGGGAAAAAAGGAGCAAAUGAUACCAAGACAAGCUCAUAACAGAGAUCUAAUCGCCAGACGUGUACGGAUGAAAACACAGUGAGAUGAGUCAGAAAACGGUUAAGGAGGGCCCCAGACUCUCCAAGAACCAGAAGUUUUCGGAGCACUUCAGCAUACAUUGCUGCCCGCCAUUCACCUUCCUCAACUCCAAACGGGAGAUCGUGGAUCGGAAGUACAGCAUCUGUAAAAGUGGCUGCUUCUACCAGAAGAAGGAAGAGGACUGGAUCUGCUGUGCCUGCCAGAAGACCAGCACCAGCCGCCGGGCAACGUCCCCUCAGAGGCCCAAGCAACAGCCAGCGGCACCCCCCGCGGUGGUCAGAGCACCGGCCAAGCCACGGUCCCCUCCGAGGUCCGAGCGUCAACCGCGCCCCCGCCCAGAGGUCCGACCACCACCAGCCAAGCAGCGCCCCCCUCAGAAGUCCAAGCAGCCGCCGCGCAGCAGCCCCCACAGAGGGCCGGGCACCAGCCGUGGGGGGUCCCCCAUCAAAGCUUCUAGAUUGAAAAAGAGGAGCAAGCCGACCCCACGGAAGAAGUGAGGGGGCAGUUUCAAGCGAAUGGACCACCUCAGCACCCGGACUCACUGCUUCUUGACCCCCGUGCCCUUGGGCAAGUUAUCUGGCUUCCAGUAGGAUGCAGGGACAGACACCGGCUGAUGUGGCAACAGCUGAUGCCCACAGGCCCCUCGGUGCGGGGGCCGCCUGGAGCCUUGUGAAGAUGUCAUCCUACUGUCUUCUGACGGCCAAUGGGAAAUACGUUGUCAGUCUGCCUGUCCUUCCAUUGACUCAAGUUUCUUCAAUUUGAAGAUACAUAUCUUUCUUCAGGGAUGCAUGAAAAAAAAAAAAAGAGAGAGAUUGUUGUAUAACCAUCAUAAUGGCAAAAAUUAAAAAUUAUCAAGUGUUUGCAAAGAUUUGGGGAAAAUUCCGAUAAGCCAUUGAUGAAAAUUUAUAAACUAUCGUGGUACUUCUGGGGUGCAAUCUGGGGAUGCUAGCAAAACAGGAUAUUGUAUAACUUAUGACCAAGCAAUUAUUUUAAAAAAGCAAUUAUAAUUUUAGGUACUGAUCCUGGAGAAAACUUGCAUUUAUAGGAAAAGGAGGCACACAUACAGCUGUUCAGCAAAGCCUUGUUUGCCAUUGG